CGUCUCGUGAGCGCAGCGCUGCGUGGGGCGCUGUGUCCAGUGGGAUCGCGCGUGGGCGGCGCUUCACGCAGCAGGUUUGUGUGCGUCUCUACAGCAGCAGCGGCGCGACAGACUGACGGAGCGGAGAACACUGGAGCUAAUGAGCGCCGAGAGCCGCUGAGAGGGAGAGUCUGCUCGGGGAAACCGCAUUCGCGUCUUUGGACAGAGAUUUAGCCACGCCCACAGCUGAAGAUGUCAGACAAUGGGGAAGUAGAAGACAAGCCGCCAGCUCCGCCCAUGAGAAACACCAGCACCAUGAUUGGCUCGUCCGGUAAAGACUCAGGCCCACUGAAUCACGGCUCCAAACCUCUGCCGCCCAACCCAGAGGACAAGAGGAGAAAAGAAGGCUUCAUCCGAUCCAUACUCACCGGAGGAGGAGACAAGACCAAUAAGAAGAAGGAGCGUCCAGAGAUCUCUCUGCCGUCAGACUUUGAGCACACUAUCCAUGUUGGCUUUGACGCCGUCACUGGAGAGUUCACUGGCAUGCCUGAGCAGUGGGCACGGUUACUCCAGACAUCCAACAUCACCAAACUCGAGCAGAAGAAGAAUCCUCAGGUCGUUCUGGAUGUCCUUAAAUUCUACGACUCUAAAGAAACAACCAACAGCCAGAAAUACAUGAGCUUUACAGAUAAAGGUGCCGAUAACUACAACUCUUCCAACGCAGUGAACUCCAAGGCCGUUUCGGAGACCCCCGCCGUGGCCCCCGUCUCCGAGGACGAGGAUGAAGAAGAUGAGGAUGAGGAUGAGGAUGAAGCCACGCCUCCACCCAUCAUCGCACCCCGUCCCGAACACACUAAAUCUAUCUACACGCGCUCCGUUAUUGACCCUCUUCCUCGUCCGCUCUCCACCAAAGACGCCGCUACGUCACCAAUCGCUAACACGGCCGCGGAGGACGACAGUCUCACCCCUCCACCCUCCACCACCUCCGCCACAGCCAGCACCACCAACACCAACACCCCUCCACCCUCCACGCCUCAAAACACCGACAAAACACGCAAGAAGAAGAUGACCGACGACGAGAUACUCGAGAAACUGCGAAGUAUAGUCAGCGUGGGCGACCCGAAGAAGAAGUACACCCGAUUUGAGAAGAUCGGCCAGGGGGCGUCUGGAACGGUCUACACAGCCAUAGACAUCGCCACAGGACAAGAGGUGGCCAUCAAACAGAUGAACCUACAGCAGCAGCCCAAGAAAGAGCUGAUCAUCAAUGAGAUCUUAGUGAUGAGGGAAAACAAGAACCCCAACAUCGUCAAUUACCUGGACAGUUACCUGGUGGGAGACGAGUUGUGGGUGGUGAUGGAGUAUCUGGCUGGAGGCUCCCUGACAGACGUGGUGACGGAGACAUGUAUGGAUGAAGCACAGAUCGCCGCCGUCUGUCGGGAAUGUCUCCAAGCGCUGGAGUUUCUGCACUCGAAUCAAGUCAUUCACAGAGACAUCAAGAGCGACAACAUUCUGCUGGGGAUGGACGGCUCCGUCAAACUCACUGAUUUCGGCUUCUGCGCUCAGAUCACUCCUGAACAGAGCAAGCGGAGCACCAUGGUUGGGACGCCGUACUGGAUGGCCCCGGAGGUGGUGACCCGCAAGGCCUACGGCCCCAAAGUGGACAUCUGGUCCCUGGGCAUCAUGGCUAUCGAGAUGAUCGAGGGCGAGCCGCCGUACCUCAACGAAAACCCUUUGAGGGCUCUGUAUCUCAUCGCCACCAAUGGAACGCCGGAGCUGCAGAGUCCGGAGAAACUCUCGUCCGUGUUUCGGGAUUUCUUAAAUCGCUGUCUGGAGAUGGACGUGGAGAAGAGAGGCUCUGCCAAGGAGCUUUUGCAGCAUCAGUUCCUAAAAGUGGCCAAGCCUCUGUCCAGCCUCACACCGCUGAUCAUCGCAGCGAAAGAGGCGACCAGAAACAACCGCUAGCCCUUUUUAGGAUGACCCCUGACCCCCGACCCCCAACCCCCAACCCCAGAGCGCUCUCUCUCUCUCUCUCUCUCUCUCUCUCUCUCUCUCUCUCUCUCUCGUGUGUCGCCCCUCGCCCUCUAGUGCUGCUGUUUUAGGGUCCGAGAGGCGUCUGCGCUCACGCUGUGGCCCCUGAAAAGGCUCUGAAUGACGACAUCACUGGAAACAAAUGACCACGGCUCGUCAGGCCCAAAGCAUUGUGGGGGAUUUCCCCCCCGGCUGACUCUCUCUGGGUGUCACUGUCAGUUUUUCUGUUGCUUUUUUUGCCGUUUGCUUUGGUGUUGGAAUCAUGGGAACAUGAUUGAUGUUUUAAUGUCUGUUUUUUGUUCAUUUUACAAGGUUUGUCGUUUGUUUUUGUGUGUGUGAGAGAGUGUGUGUGUGUGUGUGUGUGUGUGUUCACCGGGUCAUAGGUUAGCUGAGAUUGUGACAUGAUGACACGUUUGUACAGCGAUCAACAGAAAGAUCUCGUUUUUUGAUAUUGGAACAUGAUUUGCAACAGACUAUUGAUUAAGGUACUAUGAAGGAUGCCUGUGCAUGAAGAGACUGUAUUUCAGAAGAAGAAACGACCACCUGAGGUCCGUUCUGUCCCAUAAUCCCUCCUCACGGCAGAAACCCAGCGUGACUUCAGUGCGCCGCCGUGUUUUGUGUUAACACAAACAUUGAUGGAAUUGAAGUUUUCUGAUAUUACGUUCACGUACCCUUUGGCCUUAAACUGUGACGUGAACAGUAGGACGUAACGAAGACGACACAACACACCAAGAUGCAGUCCGAUGCGUUCUUUCAGUGGCCUGAUGGGAUUCGUUUAGAAGAGAAUCUUCCCUGUUAGCAAUCAAGGAGUUUCUGCGAGCCAUAAACUCUUUAUAAGGCCUUUUGAUGAAUUGAAAUUCUUAAUUGAAAUGGGACGAAUAAACUUCAGAAUUAA